AUGGCCAUUAUUGGUGAGUCAAACUUCUGGCAAGCUGAUGAGGCAAGCGGUGGUUUGUGUGGUCCUUGCACAGAAAUUCAUGUCGACUACUCCGCUCUCAACGGAAAGCGGGACAUGACGUGUGCGCGUUGCAUGGUGAAUGACAACAAUCCUCGAGUGGUUGAACUCUGGAAUUGCGUUUUCAUCACUCAUCGAAUGGUUAAGGGUCCAAAUGGCCAGACGGUGCUCCAAGAACUUCCUGCCAUGUCGGUUGACACAGGUCUGGGUUUGGAAAGACUUGCUUCUGUUAUGCAGGGCACAAUGACUACCUACGAAACGGAUAUAUUCUCUCGUCUCAUUAGUAACAUCCACUCAGAGGCCUUACGAAUUACUGGCUCUGCGGUACCAUCCUAUACCAGUGAUUUUGUAUUUGAAGACGAGUUGGAAGAGGAGUUCGCUAAACCGAGAAGGACCGAGCCACACCCUCCACCUCGUAAACGAACCCUCUGGGAGCAAAUAAUACUUGGCCCUCCUCCUCUUUUUCCAAAACCCAAACCGGAAAGAAUCAUUAACUAUGAUAAGCUAAGACGCGAUAUCGCCUAUCGCAUUGUGGCUGAUCAUAGUCGAGCUCUAGCUACAGCAAUGCGAGAUGGUUUGGUGCCCGGUCGUCAAGGUGUAAGUCUGAAAUUGAGACAUCUCAUUCAUCGGGCAACACGCGUGGCCAUUCUCACUGGGUUAGAUUCUGCAACUCGACCUGAACUUCUCAAACGCAUUGUUCUGCAGAUACCGCCUGCAGCUCCUUUCAAGGCAGAAUUGAAGGGACCUAUGGCACGACCAUCAACACCAGUUCAUUCCAUUGAGCAAAUUAGUGAAAUUAUUCAGCAAGAGGUAGAUCAUUUCAUUCCUCGAUUCGAUAAGAUGGAGAACGCUUUCCUCGCUUGUAUGAAAGAGGUCGACGAUAAAGGAAUCUUAUCAGGCAAGCAAGUUUUCUUUUGUUGUACUUGGAAGCAUGGUGUAGUUGAUGAUGCUGAACAGCUUAAAGGCCUUCAGUCUGGCCAGUACGGUGAGCCACUCAGUUGGGAUAUGAUCUGUGCCCAAGCUCGAUGGUAUGGACUCCAAUCACCAAUAGACCCCUCACUUCCACCCACACCCGUCGAAAAGAAGUCGUUCUUCUCUCUCUCUGGUCUUCGAGAUUUCUUAUUUCAGUCACCCGUAACUCAGGACAGCCAUAAAUAUGAUGUUAAACGUGUGAAACAGGAGGAUCAACAUUCCUACGAGGUGCCACCUUUGAAAGCGAAUCUCCUCGCAGCGGUCGAGGGAAAGGAUAGUAAUCUCCACGCUGUUGAGGAUUUUGGCCAACUUCGACCCAUCUUUUCUCCACAAAAUGGUGAAAAUAAAAGUCAGGUGGGUUUGAUAUUCGAUAGAACCAACUUUUACAAUCCAUGCGGAGGUCAAGCCAGUGAUGUUGGAGUUAUUCGAUCGGCGGAGAAUCAAGAGGUCCUUUUUAAUGUCCAAUCAGUUGAGAAACUAGUGAAAAGCAAUAAUACAGCAUCGAAUGACGGUUGGAUUAUUCACUGGGUUUCUCCUUCCGGUUCAUUCAUUGAUGUCAAGCCACUCAGCUCUCUAAUUCUUUGCCCAGAUUCAGAACGCCGCACGAAUUUAAUGCGAAAUCACACAGCUCAACAUCUCUUGAAUUGGGCUUUCGCUAAAGAGUUGGCUUCCAACGCCUUAGAUCCAACUAACCAAUCGUCUUCGUUUACAGUUCAUCAUGGAAGUCGUGUUGAUCCCGAAAAAUUCACUCUUUGUCUAACUAUUCUUCAAAGCCCAGACAAAUUGGAAAGUUUGGUGGAAAAUGUGGAAUCGAGAUGCCGAGCUGCUAUCGCAGCAAAAUUACCCAUUAUUUCCGAGGAACUCAAUUUAUCCAAAGUUACAGAGAAAACAUUCGUUCAACGAUUUCCUUGGGAGACAUAUCCAGAGAAGGUUCGUACGGUCUGUAUUGGUGGUGAUGUAGAGACGAUUAGUGAAAAGAUCACUGAUUCAACUGGCUUCUAUUCUGCCGAGUUAUGUGGAGGCACUCAUGUUCAACAGACUGAAGACCUAGUGGACAUUGUUAUCGUUGGACUUCGAUCAAGGAAGCAGUCAGUUAAGGAGUUCAUAGCCAUCUCAGGAGAAAGUGCGGUUCGUGCCCGACACUAUGGAUCACAACAAAUCCUCUGUGUCUCCACUGAAUUUGACUCUAUUCAAGAGACAAUUACGAAGAGCGCCGAUUCCUUCUCCGACCUUAUUACCUGUGCUGAACGCCUCUUCACUCUCCAAUCUGUGGUUGAUACAAUUCUUGGUGGGAGACCUGAUGUAUGUCUUUCCCAUCUUGAUCGUGGUGUUAUCACACGUUAUCAAGAGAGGCUCUCCGGUCUACUUGGAACUGUUCGAGUUGUUGCAAGGAAGGCUUCUGGUGUGCCAGAUAAUGUGGAUCCAAUUAUGGUGGGACAACUUGUCCAAUUGAUUGCAGAAAGUGAUUCAAGGGGGGAUGAUUUGUCUCCAAUCGCGAGACCCUUCAACAUAAGUAACUUUACUAAGUUCGCUCUAUCUAUUCUACACGUGGGGCCUAAGAAGCCAAUAGUGUUCUACCAGAAGGGUCUCGCUGUCUUCUACCAUCCACAGAGUAAUGAAAAGGCCAUGAAGUGGGCACAAAUCUCUAUUAAAAGGUUAAAUUUAGAAGGAGCCAAUCUUACUACUCGUGUUGAAGGCUUCAAUCGUAGUAAUCUUGGAGAUGGUGCUGAUCACUUCGCAGUUGUUCGUCUCUUUUCUACCAAAGAUAGGCGUCAGCGGGACUGGAAGCCUUAUUUCGAGCAGCUGGUCUCUGCCAUCAGCCAAUCUUCCUGA